CUCGUCCAAUCACAAACAAGCUCACGCAAACGGCUUUAUUUAAGUUUACCUGCACGGAAAGCGUGACACAGGGUCACGUGGAGAGGACAGUUUGGUGCAGUGUGUGUUGGUUGAAUCUGUCAGCAGAAUUCCAACUGCACUGUGGAAUAACACACUCCUUGGAAAACUGUAAAUGUCUCUGUUGGAGGACAUUGUUGAUCUACUGCGAUGUGUCCUGGAAUACUUUGGAGUGCCAGCUGACAUGCUUGUUCCAGUAUGGGACAGUACCCUGUGUGGGCAGUACCGGAGCGUAGUCCGUAUGAUUGGCACAAACCUACCUCUCUCUCCGUACCCCCGAGUGCGGUUUCAGAUUCCUCUGCAAACACUCAGUAGACAUUGCCAUAUUGAUGUCUCAGUGGACACACCAGGUAUUCCUACAUUAGCUGAUGUGUUGUGGCUGGUGGAAGAUGAAGGAGACAGCCAAACUAAGUUCAGGAAUGUCAUCCCUGUGAGGAAACACUGUGUACAGCAAGGUUUCGAGAUUGCCUCAGUAGCGUCUGUACGCCCAAAGUCCGUGUCUGUGCAUGCUCAUAGAGAAGGCGGGUUGUCAGGGCAGGGCACCCAGCCAAACGCCCUGCAGAAGAUAUCUGCUCUGGAAGAGGAACUCCAAAGACUACGAGCACAGAUUGCUAUGAUAGUCACAGCUCCAGCAGGUGAUCCCGGCACUCCAUGUUCUACUCUACGAACUCCUGUCCUCACUUCCACUCCUAUCUGUUUUCCUCCCCCUCCACCACCUCCUCCUCCUGCUGUGGGCAGCUCCAUGGAUGUGUCACUGACAGAGGUGAUUCGACAGAGACAGGCAGCAAAGAGAGAAAAGACUGCACAGUGUGAGCCCUCGGUGGGUUCAGCACCUGCUGCUCUGCCCUCCAUGCUAGAUGUGCUGAGAGACCUGAGUCAAGUCAAACUGCGUUCUGUGGAGAGGUCUCCAGGUGGAACUCCGGUAAAGAGACGGAGAAGUAAAGGCAUCGCAUGUUCUUCUGACCCAGCAGCUCUUAUUGCUGAAGCAUUGAAACUAAAGUUUGCACACAGACUGAGAGACGAUUCGUUUGGUAAAGAGAACCGCUCCUCUGAACCCUCUCCAUUCAGCAGCCCAGACACACCCAGAAUCUUCCAUCACACCAGACGCAGCCAGGGACGUAUUCACCUUUGACCUUGACCUUAAAGGCUACAAGGGAAAAGUUGUGUUCAUGGACUGAUUUCUAUGCUGGUUGCACACUCUUUCUCUCUCCCAUUUCUCUCUAAAUUUAUACCAUAGGCUUCUCUCAGAUUUUUGUGCUGGCAUCAUCAUUUCUGUACAUUUUGAUUCUUAUUUUUUUUUUGUGUGUGUGUGUAAAGAUUCUUUGAUAAGGACUUGUUAAUUGUGAAAGGCUAAAAAGUUAUGCAAUUAUGAGUAGUGAUACUUGUGAUGGCAGUUUCUUUCAGAAUAUGCCAGGACUAUGUAAUGUCUCUUAACUUUUAGUUUUUAUACACUGCUGUCUUCAUAUGAAUGUUGAGACCUAGUUGGAUUAACAAAGGUUCUCUAAACUUUAACGUUUAAGAUCAGAAAAAUGGUAUUUGUUCUACUCUUAAUUUAUAAAUCCAUGUUUUGCUGUACUUUCAUCCUCUUCUAAAAUGUACUAAUGCAGUUUGCUCUCAAAAGCAAUAAACAAGCUCUAAGCUUUUGAAAUGUGUUGU